AUGCCUCUGGCUGCCGCAGAGUCCAUUACUCUUCCCCGUCCCCCAACGGGGAACCUUACGGCCAUUCUGCGGCUAGCGUGGGCGGUUGUUCUCGCUAGUUAUACGGGCUGGCGCGAUGUGAUGAUAUUGGACACGGCGUGCCACCCAGAUGAACGUAUCGUCUCGGUGAAGAUCCCCUUGUCGAGAGCUACCACCAUAGAGGCGGCUUUAAAGCAGGCCAUGCAAAGCUCAAAUGGGAACGAGCUCGCAGAAUCCCUACUGGUGGUUCACGAUAUACAUAGCCAGCACGAUCUGUCAUGGCCAUCACGAGAGCACUAUUCAACCGCCGUGCUCUGCGAUAUCCAACAUCACACAGUCACUAUCCACGCCGCUCUAGACGGUGCCGUCUGGCUUCCCGGAACGACACAUAUGAUGCUGUGCCAAUACCGCCACCUCGUGCAUCAAAUCUCUACCUCGGUUACGAUAUCUAUAGCUGACUUGAAUGGUAUCAGCCCCGAAGGACUGGGCCAGCUCGCCAAUUGGAACAGCCAGGGCCUGUCGGCGUCAUCGUCUAAGCUGGGCUGGCCAUUGAUCCAACAACGGUGCCGGGAGCAGCCGCAGGCCUUGGCUAUUGACGCCUGGGACGGCCGUCUGACCUAUGCGCAGCUGGAGCAACAUGUCACGGCGGCGGCUGCACGACUCCAGGCGGCGGGUGUGCAAGCAGAGCAAUUUACCGCGCUGCUGCUGGAUAAAUCCCUAGUCACAACAGUGGUCUUGCUAGGCGUGAUGAAAGCUGGAGGCGCCUUUCUGUUACUAGACGCAACCCAUCCCCCGCGCCGACUACGCACCAUGUGCCAGAGAAUCGGGGCCAAGCUGGUAGUGGCAUCCGCGCAGCAUGCUGAUGUCGCCGCACAGCUCGGGGUCCCAGUGCUCUCCGCAGAGCUGGUGUCGUCUCCAGAUAUGCCCCCAGAGGCGGCUACGUACCAAACACCUUCGGUAGAGCCACAGCACGCGCUAUACGCCGGUUUCACAUCGGGCAGUACUGGUGAGCCUAAAGGCUUUGUGAUCACACAGGCGGCCUUUAGCAGCGGGCUAGAGGCCUACCGCCACAGCGUGGGGUUAGAUCAACAUUCGCGCGUCUUUCAGUUUGCCUCAUACGCCUUUGUGGUUAGCAUAACAAGCCAGCUGGCGCCACUCACAUGCGGCGCUUGUCUAUGUGUUCCGAGCCAGGAGCAGCUAGAGAACAAUCUUGCGGGUGCUAUUCACGCGCAAAAAGCCACCUGGAUAGCACUCACGCCAUCGGUGGCGCGUACGCUAGACCCUGAUAUAGUUCCAACACUUAAGACGAUGGUUUUGGUAGGCGAGGGUGUGUGUCAGGCGGAUCUGCACCAGUGGCGCCAGCUCACCCUGUACUCGCUCUACGGGCAGUCAGAGCACGCCAAGGGGACACUAGUGGCCCAUCAGGUCGAUGGUGCAGACCCCAGUAAUUUAGGUCGUCCCUUCUGCGGUCGUGGAUGGGUGGUCGACCGCAACGACCCGCUUCGACUGGUGCCUGUUGGUGCAGAGGGUGAGCUGGUGCUGGAAAGCCCCUGUCUGAGCCGCGGAUAUCUUGAUGCCAGCGAGACCCAGGCCGCAUUCUUCGCCAAUCCGCCGUGGCUGCUGUCGGUCCGCCCCCAUACGCAGGGCCGGUUCUUCCGUACGGGGGAUCUGGUACGUCAGCACCCGCGUGAUGGCUCGUUCCACCUUUUGGGGCGUAAGGGUACAAGGGUGAAGAUCCGCGGCCAACGUGUGGAGCUGGGCGAGGUGGAGCACCAGCUAAGCCAGCUGCUGUCCACGGCCCGCACCGUGGUAACGGACAUCAUCUGCGCGGCGGACGAUAUCAAUGGAAAGACGCCUAUGCUGCUUGCCUUUGUGCAGCUCCAGCCAUCUUCCAGCGCCGGAGAUAGGGACAGCAGAUGUAGUCUGCUCCCUCCAACACACGCAUUUCGCCAUUUGGCCACACAAGCGCGAUGGCAACUCCAGAAGAUUCUGCCCAGCUUUAUGAUUCCUGCAGCUAUAGUUGAGGUUUCGAGUAUACCGCGGACGGCCACUGGGAAAAUACAUCGCGGCCAACUACGCGAAUGUGCUGCGGCCUGCACCCGUCAACAGUUGCUCGAGUACAUAGUGCACCAGGUUGCACACCGGGAUGCAGAAUCGCGCCCUGAGACGAUUCUACAGCAGCUUUGCGCGCAAGUGCUGGGCUGCGCAGCCGGCGAUAUCGGACUAGACAAUAGCUUCAUCGACCUUGGCGGCCACUCUCUAAGUGCACGUCAGAUAGUGACACUUGCCCGGGCACAAGGCCUCACAGUCUCCCUGGCGCAUCUUCUACAACAGUGGCCUCUGGCGGAGGUGGCCAAGCAGACAACAACGGCCUCGCAAGCAGUAUCAGAUCUGUCCGAGCUGAAUUCAGAUACUUUUGCACCGUUGCGCGAUAGCUUCCUCGCAGAUUUGCCCCCAUCUCUGGACCGCGAUAAUAUACAGGACGUCUACCCAUCCCUUGAGCUGCAGGCUGCAUAUGCAACGGGUCAGGUCGUCGACUGUUUUCCUUUGCAUCUCACCGGCCCUGUCGAUGUGGCGCGACUACAGUACGCCUGUCAGGCUCUAGUCGAACAGCACGCUAUUCUGCGCACUGUCUUCCACAAAUUCCAGAGGAAGGUAGUGCAGGUUGUUCUGCGCCGUCUGCCAGUCUCGUUCACGGUGCACCAAUGCAAAAGCGCCGCAGAUGCUAAUCGCUGGACCGAGGCCUUUGGGGUGAAGGAGAUGGCCAAGCGCUAUGAUAUCACCCAGCCGAUCAUUGGAUUUGUCCUUGUGCAGGCGCUUCGGGACCAACACCAUAUUCUCCUCAUGCGGCUCUCCCACGGGCAGUAUGAUGCACUAUGUCUACGUCCACUGAUCCACGGGCUAUGGAAUGCGUACCGGAACGAGUCCAUCCCGCGGCACAGUGAGUAUAAGACUCAUGUCCAGCGAUGUUUCAAGCGGCGCACAACACACGCAUACACCAUCUGGCGUGAGAUCUUAGAAGCGGCGCCGCUACCUGUGUUACCACUGACGCCGCCACUGAGCGAAAACAGCGAUGCCACGCUGGCUGUGUUCGAGCGAGCGUUACCCGAAGUAAAUCCGUUGCCAGGAACCACGCAGGCCAGUAUGAUCAAGACAGCCUGGCUGGAGACGUUGUGGAAGGAGACAGGCCGCAAAGAUGUGGUGUUUGGCCAAUUUGUGCAAGCCUGGACUGGCACGGAGAAAGUGAUGGGCCCCUGUAUGAACGUCAUCCCCGUCCGUGUAAAAGCUCGCCCAGAGUGGACACGGCGCCAGCUCCUGCAGGCGAUUCAGUCGCAGCAUGCCCAUACCAGCGACGUCGAUGCCCUGGGUUGGCAGGAUAUCUCCGCCAACUGUACUGACUGGCCCGGGGACACAUGGCCAGACUCGGUCGUGCUGCACCAGAAUUUCGACCGUCAUAUCGAGAUGCGCGUCGACGAGGACCUAGUCUGUCGCAAGACCAUGCCGAUACUGUCCUCGUGGCCUGUGUUUCCAGUCCUCCUGGUGACGCAUCCAGGGAAGGGGAAGCUGGAUGCACUGUUACUGAUUUCCACCAAGUUCGGCGUCCAGCAAGAUGCUGAUCGCAUGUUGGAUCAUUUUGCCGCGGCGCUGCGUCAGCUGGAAGAGGACCCCGAUGGUCGCAUGCUGUCAAAUGCUGAGCAUGUAGAUGUAGAUCCACGGAGAUCAAUUGGAGCAACACCCAUAUCAAAUCGUCAAAAAGCAACCCCUUUGAUCCCAUCGCCAAGUCAAACCAUCGCGACAGCCUAA